UUGCUCUAGUAGUGUGUUCAUCAAACAGUCAAUAUUAUUCAUGUCUCUAAGGUCUGGAAAACUCUUGCAAACAGCCAUGCACGAGCAUGAGCUCGAAACUGGGUCACCCUCGAAAUCCCACAAACGCAGAUGGAGGUUGGCUUUCAUGGCCAUAUCCUUCACUAGGGCUCUUCGUUUCCUAGCCAAGAAUGUUCAUGAAAACAAAGCAAACCUUUUGCGCUCCCUAUCCUACGUCGCCAUUGACGUCCAGCCCUCAGCCGACGCCGAUGACAAGCCUGCUGGUAAUGAACAUCUUUCUUUUCUUGAUAAUAUUGAUCCGAAAGAUCUUGCUGAUAUUGUUAGGGCUAAGAACUUUGACAGUCUCAUGAGUCAAUAUGGAGGAGUCGAACGAUUAGUUGAAACUCUUGAAACUGAUGUCAAGAGUGGUAUUAGUAGUACAAAUUCUGAUUUGUUACGUAGAAAAAUUGUCUUUGGAGCCAAUGAAUACCGAAAGCAGCCUGUAAAAGGGUUUCUGUCAUUUGUGUAUGAUGCAUUCAAAGAUACCGUUAUUAUCAUACUCUUGGUUUGUGCCCUGCUUUCUUUAGGGUUUGGUAUCAAACAACAUGGCUUGAAAGAUGGAUGGUUUGACGGGGGAAGUAUUAUUUUCGCAGUCUUUCUCGUGGUUGUUGUCUCUGCUGUGUCUAACUUUAAUCAGUCAAGACAAUUCCAGAAACUUUCCACAAAGAGUAGUGACAUAAGCGUGGAAGUGGUUAGAAAUGGACGACGUCAGCCCAUAUCCAUCUUUGACAUUGUAGUGGGGGACGUUGUUUGCUUGAAGAUUGGCGAUCAAAUUCCAGCUGAUGGACUGUUUUUGAAAGGUCAUUCUUUGAAGGUGGACGAGUCGAGUAUGACCGGAGAAAGCGACCAUGUUGAGAUCAAUGCCGCUAGGAAUCCCUUUUUGUUGUCCGGAACAAAGGUGGCAGAUGGGUUCUGUACCAUGCUUGUGACUUCUGUGGGCAUGAACACAGUUUGGGGAGAGAUGACGAGCUCGGUAAGUCGAGACUUGGAUGAGGAGACGCCUUUGCAAGCACGGCUCGAGAAGAUGACAUCUUUGAUUGGAAAGGUUGGUCUGUCUGUUGCUGCACUUGUUCUUGUAGUUUUGAUGGCUCGCUAUUUCACAGGGCACACCACUGAUGAUAAAGGAUUGAGGGAAUUCAAUGGCAGCAAGACAAAGUUUGAUGAUAUCAUGAAUGUCGUUCUAGGCAUUAUUGCAGCAGCAGUCACCAUCGUCGUGGUGGCAAUUCCUGAAGGCCUGCCCCUUGCUGUCACUCUUACUCUUGCUUAUUCAAUGAAGAGAAUGAUGAAAGACAAUGCGAUGGUUCGAAAACUCUCUGCUUGUGAGACAAUGGGGUCAGCCACAACAAUUUGCACUGACAAAACAGGAACUCUUACUUUAAAUGAGAUGAAGGUGACAGAGGUGUGGCUUGGCAAAGAACCUAUGAGUGAGAACAGCGCAUCACAGAUGUCUCCAACUGUUGUUAGCUUACUGCAAGAAUCCAUUGGUUUAAACACCACAGGGAGUGUUUAUAAGCCAAGUCCUGAAUCAGCUCCUGAGAUUUCUGGCAGCCCAACCGAGAAAGCAAUACUUUCAUGGGCGGUUUUCAGUUUGGGAUUGGAUAUGGAUGCAGUGACACUGCAAUGCGAUAUAAUCAAAGUAGAGGCCUUCAAUUCAGAGAAAAAGAUGAGUGGAGUUUUGAUAAGGAGAAAGCACGAACAGACUCUUCAAGCCCACUGGAAGGGAGCUGCUGAAAUUGUCCUCGCCAUGUGCUCAAAUUAUUAUGACAGAGAUGGAGUCAUUAGACCGAUUAAUAAUGAAGAAAGAAAAUGCAUUGAAACAAACAUCCAGAAUAUGGCUGCCAAAAGCUUGAGAUGCAUUGCCUUUGCCCAUAGAGAACUUGAAGGAGAAAAUGGACAGGUUAACGAAAAGAAUAAAGAAAAUGGACUUACUUUACUUGGUGUUGCAGGUCUGAAGGACCCAUGUCGGCCAGAAGUUAAGGUUGCCGUAGAGACUUGCAUUGCUGCCGGUGUAAGCAUCAAAAUGAUAACAGGCGACAAUGUGCACACAGCAAGAGCUAUAGCAAUUGAUUGUGGCAUUCUAAAACCUGACAAGGAUUUAGAAAGUGAAGCUAUAGUUGAAGGGGUGCAAUUUAGGAAUUAUUCACCAGAAGAGCGAAGAGAAAAAGUCGAAAGAAUCCGCAUUAUGGCUAGGUCAUCCCCAUUUGACAAGCUUCUAAUGGUACAAUGCUUGAAGCAAAAAGGCCACGUGGUUGCAGUCACUGGGGAUGGAACGAAUGAUGCACCGGCUCUCAAGGAAGCGGAUAUCGGGCUUUCAAUGGGGAUCCAAGGCACUGAAGUGGCAAAGGAAAGCUCAGAUAUUAUUAUAUUGGAUGAUAACUUUAAUUCAGUAGUGACCGUUCUAAAAUGGGGUAGGUGUGUAUACAACAACAUUCAGAAAUUCAUUCAGUUUCAACUUACUGUGAAUGUUGCCGCUCUGGUCAUCAACUUUGUUGCCGCUGUGUCUUCUGGUAAAGUCCCUUUGACUGCUGUCCAGCUUUUGUGGGUGAAUCUUAUCAUGGACACAUUGGCAGCUUUAGCAUUAGCCACCGAGCAACCAACUAACGAACUCAUGAAGAAGCCGCCCGUGGGUCGAAAGGAGUCUCUAAUAACCAGAAUCAUGUGGAGAAACCUCAUUGCGCAUGCCUUGUUUCAGGUGACUGUCUUGCUGACUCUACAAUUCAAGGGAAGAUCCAUCUUUGGUGUGGAUGAAAAGGUCAAGAACACACUCAUAUUCAAUACUUUUGUUCUAUGCCAAGUCUUCAACGAAUUCAACGCAAGGAAACUGGAAAAGAAGAAUAUAUUUAAAGGGAUACACAAGAACAAGCUAUUUUUAGGAAUAAUUGGAAUUACCAUACUUCUUCAAGUGUUGAUGGUGGAGUUUCUCAAGAAGUUUGCUAGUACUGAGAGGCUGAGUUGGGCGCAAUGGGGUGCUAGCAUCAGCAUCGCAGCUUUGUCUUGGCCAAUUGGUUGGCUAGUUAAAUGCAUUCCAGUUUCUGGAACAACGUCCCGACUCCAACAAGAUUCUGCAUGUGAUUAGAUGACAAGGAGUUUAAUAAAUGGGCUUUUCUUCACUUUUCUUUUUUUUAUUAUUUAUAUUUCAUUUAGUACUAUUUCUGCUUUUAUCUUGUCAAUUCUAUGGUAAUUUAGGUAACAGUUAGUUUAUAAAUAUAUAGCAUGUUCUUGCUAAAGUAUGAGUCUGAGUAUGUAAUGACAAUUUAAACACUAGAAUCGAAGCAAUAUUAUAUAUAAAUGCAUAAUCCCCUGAAAAAGAAAAGAAAGAAAAAAAAACUCAAUGCAAUUAAAUGCGACCUAUAUAACUUCUCAGUAAGCAAAUCAAGAUUUAAUACAAAUUGUUUUUCCGUAGAUGAAAAAAAAAUAAUAGGAAAAGAAAGAAAGAAGUGACUAGGAAAAAAAAAGUGGUU